AUGUCUGCUGCAACGCCUGCAGCCUCGUCUUCUGGAGGUGUUUCUCCAGUCAACGCCAGUGCACCCGAUGUCACCCAGAACGUAAGCUCAAUUGACCGUCUGGUAUUGGAGUAUCUUCGCUCUCGAGGACACAAGGAUGCAGAAAGGGCUCUUAAUGAAUCACUUGAAAGCGGGAGCGUAGAUGAGUCUGCGAAGACGGUAUCUGCUGAAGACCUCAUCAAGACUCUUGCUGUUUAUGCACAAAAGCCAUCGCGCCCGGGGGACAAUGUAUUGAAGGAAAGUGCAAACGUUCUACAGGAACUGACGGCGAUGGGAAAUCCGCCGAGUAUACAGAACCUGAUUGCUAGCCUUGGGACUGUCGGCGCGGAAGAUAUACUGUCUGUUGAUCCAACGGACAAGGAGGAGGGAUUCCGAGAGCUCGAAGCGUGGGUUGAAGGUUCACUUGACAUGUACAAGCCGGAAUUCCGACCUAUCCUGUUUCCCAUAUUUUGCCAUUUCCAUCUGGAUCUUGUCCAGCGAGGAUUCAAGGAAGCUGCCCUGCGCUUCUACGCGACGUAUUCGCCGUCUUUAGCCCCGAUGCAUCACGCUACUUUACAUCAUCUCUCGACUCUCCUGCUUCCCUCACAUGUUCAAAAUGAUGAUGAUGCACAGCGCUUCAAAAAUGAAAAAUAUGUCAUCAGAAUGAGCCGGUCAGGUUUCAGCUUGUUGGUGGGAUGGCUGACAGAAGGAGUUGGAGGUGAAGCCACUGGUGCAGGGGAUGGCUUCUCUGGCGAGAAAGGAAAGAGAGGCCGAGCAGCAAUUAUGCGAGUGGUGAACAACCAUCUUCGUUUUGAUGUGACUGCCGCGAGCGCUACAGCAGUUUCGCCCAAUGCAUGGGAAGAAUCAACUGGCCUGCUUUCGCAACUCAUUCCGCAAACAAGCGCUUCUGCCACUCCUAAUCCUCAUGCUUUCAAUGCCUCCAAAGGCGAACUAAAACUUGGCCCUGCCCCCAUCUCUGAAGAGUUGCGCGCGGAGACGGAACGCGUCAUCCGCGAACAAUCUGUACUGGACCGCGAUCCCAAUGCUCAAUACGACUUGCAAUUCCUGAGGCCUCCAGCUGUCCUGGGAGUUAUCUCACCCACUGAAUCAGACAUGCUUCCUUAUCCCCAGUCGUUCAAAACGGUUGAUGUUCAAAGAGAGGUCGAGAAAGUACGAGAUGCAAGGAAACGUAUACGACUCGAGCCCUCUGCGCUAAGUUCUAUUGACAUGAACUCGGUGCAAGGAGGCGCUGCUCGUGCGCGUGGCUUGCCCAGCAUUUGCGCGUAUACGCUACAUGACGUCGGAGAAGGUGCGCCGUGUUGCACCUUCUCACCUGACUUGACUCUGAUGGCGGCCGGCUUUUCUGAGAGUUACAUUCGUUUAUGGAGCCUGAAGAAUGAAAAACUCAAGGGACUACGCAAUGACUUCUCUCUGAGUUCAGUGAAGGAUUCUGGGUCGUUGUCGAAAAUACAGCAAAAAGAAGGAAAUACAACCCGAAAGCUUGUCGGCCACAGUGGUCCUGUGUAUUCUUUAUCCUUUGAUCCAUUGGGAGGAUCAGCUGUGCCCCCAAGAUACCUUCUUUCUGCUUCAGCAGAUGCAACUACACGACUGUGGUCUCUUGACACAAUGACGAAUGUCGUUGCUUUUCGUGGCCACCAGAACCCUGUAUGGGACGUUCAGUGGAGUCCUAUGGGCAUCUAUUUUGCAACAGCAAGCCGUGAUCGAACCGCCAGGUUAUGGUCAACAGACCGCACAUCGUGUUUGAGAAUCUAUGCAGGGCACUUGAGUGAUGUGGACUGCGUCCGGUUCCAUCCUAACUCGUUAUACCUCGCUACGGGUUCAAGUGAUUGGACUGCGCGGCUUUGGGAUGUUCAACGUGGCGCUUGCGUUCGUGUUUUUAUCGGCCAUCAAGGGAGCCUUUCGACGUUGGCCAUUAGUCCAGAUGGACGAUAUCUCGCCAGCGCAGGCGAAGACCUCGCAAUCAAUCUUUGGGAUCUCGGCUCUGGACGUCGUAUCAAAAAAAUGACUGGGCAUACAGCAUCUGUAUAUUCUCUGUCAUUUAGUGCCGAAUCAUCCAUGCUUGUUAGUGGAGGUGCAGACUGGACGGUACGUUGCUGGGACGUGAGGGGAGCCGGUGGAUCCGGUAAAUCACGGGAGAGUGGCGUUACUGAAUCUACUAUCACACGGACGAUCGACGACGAAAACAAUGAAACAUCUGACCUACUCGCGACGUUCCCUACCAAACGGACCCCUAUCACCAACGUGCACUUCACCCCCCGUAAUUUAUGCUUGGUAGCAGGUAAUUUCCUUGCACCCGACUCACGAUAA